AUGAUCUCAAACAUCGUUGAGUCGCUCAACUCAAUGUUGUACGAUGAAAGAGAGUAUCCAGUGGUGGCCAUUUUCAAUUCAAUUGCACAUAAAUUUGGAGAAAUAUUCCGGAAGAGGUAUGCGGAGGUGGACAAUUCAAAGACUACCUUCAUUCCCGUAGCUGAGAUGAUCUUGAGGGAAAACAUGACCAAGGGGGACAAAUUAUAUGUGAACAACAUAAACAGAAGCACCGACGAAUUCAUCGUGCUUGGCUACAGUCGUUCCACAAAAGUUAAUCUUUCGAGACAGUCAUGUUCUUGCAAAAAGUACGACUUGGUGAAAUUGCCAUGCGCUCAUGCAAUGGAUGCGUUGCGUUUGAAGCAAGGGGACAAACACGGCACUAGCAUUUACAACUACUCUUUGUAA